AUGCUAUAUUGUGCCUUGUCUCUGUCCCUCCUUCAUCCUCCCUCUCAUCCCUCCACUCCCAUCUCUCUCCUCUCUUCUUCCUCUCUCUCAUCCCUCCACUCCCAUCUCUGUCCUCCCCUUUUCCUCUCUCUCAUCCCUCCAAUCCCAUCUCUGUCCUCCCUUCCUCUCUCUCAUCCCUCCACUCCCAUCUCUGUCCUCCCUUCUUCCUCUCUCUCAUCCCUCCACUCCCAUCUCUGUCCUCCCUUCUUCCUCUCUCUCAUCCCUCCACUCCCAUCCUUCUCUCCUCCCUUCUUCCUCUCUCUCAUCCCUCCACUCCCAUCUCUGUCCUCCCCGUUUCCUCUCUCUCAUCCCUCCACUCCCAUCUCUGUCCUCCCUUCUUCCUCUCUCUCAUCCCUCCACUCCCAUCUCUGUCCUCCCUUCUUCCUCUCUCUCAUCCCUCCACUCCCAUCUCUGUUCUCCCUUCUUCCUUUCUCUCAUCCCUCCACUCCCAUCUCUCUCCUCUCUUCUUCCUCUCUCUCAUCCCUCCACUCCCAUCUCUGUCCUCCCCUUUUCCUCUCUCUCAUCCCUCCACUCCCAUCUCUGUCCUCCCUUCUUCCUCUCUCUCAUCCCUCCACACCCAUCUCUGUCCUCCCUUCUUCCUCUCUCUCAUCCCUCCACUCCCAUCUCUGUCCUCCCUUCUUCCUCUCUCUCAUCCCUCCACUCCCAUCUCUCUCCUCCCUUCUUCCUCUCUCUCAUCCCUCCACUCCCAUCUCUGUCCUCCCCUUUUCCUCUCUCUCAUCCCUCCAAUCCCAUCUCUGUCCUCCCUUCUUCCUCUCUCUCAUCCCUCCACUCCCAUCUCUGUCCUCCCCUUUUCCUCUCUCUCAUCCCUCCAAUCCCAUCUCUGUCCUCCCUUCUUCCUCUCUCUCAUCCCUCCACUCCCAUCUCUGUCCUCCCUUCUUCCUCUCUCUCAUCCCUCCACUCCCAUCUCUUUCCUCCCCUUUCCCUCUCUCUCAUCCCUCCAAUCCCAUCUCUGUCCUCCCUUCUUCCUCUCUCUCAUCCCUCCACUCCCAUCUCUGUCCUCCCUUCUUCCUCUCUCUCAUCCCUCCACUCCCAUCUCUUUCCUCCCCUUUUCCUCUCUCUCAUCCCUCCAAUCCCAUCUCUGUCCUCCCUUCUUCCUCUCUCUCAUCCCUCCACUCCCAUCUCUGUCCUCCCUUCUUCCUCUCUCUCAUCCCUCCACUCCCAUCUCUGUCCUCUCUGUCCUCGCACCCAUCCCUGCCCUGCCUUUGUCCUCCCUCUCAACCCUUCUCACUCCCAUCUCUCUCCUCCCUUUCUCCUCCCUCUCGUCUCUUGUCAGAUUGA